AACUACAGCGCCCAGGAUAGGGUUUGAUUUCCAAGCGCGGCUUUGUUAGAUUGGUUGGCGGACAAAUCACGGGCUGCUGACGGAAUAGAUGUUCCCACUGGACUCCGGUCACGAUUCAGCCCUGAUGCAAAGAUGUGCUUCAACUGCGGAACCCAGAGCAACACGUUAACCCAUUAGUCAUCCUGGUUAGAUGGCUUUAAGAGCGACCCGGCGCCGCUGGCCAUCACCACACAAGUGUUGUUGCAGGAUCUCGCCGCGGACUCCCCUCGCUCCGGGGCCAGCAAGGCGGCAGCAACAGCAACAGCAACAGCAGCUGAGGGCAGGCUCGCCGGCGUUGCAUGGCAUCACCAUGUUCUGCUUUUGUCUGCAGAACUCCCUGAUGAAGCUGCAAGCUCUCGACGUCGAUCUGUGCUCGGCUUUUACGCCCAGUCCGGAGGAAAAUCCCGCGACACAGUGUAGCAAGGAGCUGCCUCGGAACGGGCCACCGGACGAAGGCAGCAGCGGUGAACACAGCAUCAUAGCCCCUAUCAUUGAUUUCAAAUUAAUGCAUCAGCAAAGAGAUGGUGAUGAACCGAUUCCGGCCUUUGAGAGCUGGCAGAGCGAGCUGGAGAACGGAAGAGAAGCCCAUCGAUCGCCGGGGGCUGGCAGGCUGCUGCACCACGUUGCUGAAGGGGACAAUCCGCUUAUAUCACCACGAUGCUCAAGUUUCAGCAAGAGCCAAAGAUUUGUACUGGACACAGAGGCUGCUCCAUCCCCGCCGAGUGCUCAACUCUUCAUCAUGCCGAGAAACUCUUCACUGGUCAAUUCCGAAGCUGAAAAUGGCCCAGUGUUGGUGAUGCAACUGACCAAACAGAUCCAGAAUUUGAGAAAGAAAAUACGAAAAUAUGAAGAAAAAUUUGAGCACGAAAAGAAAUAUCGGCCCUCCCAUAGUGAUAAGGUUGGCGAUCCCGAGGUCUUGAAGUGGAUGAACGAUCUAACAAGGGCCCGUAAGCAGUUAAAAGAACUGAAGCUGAAGAUCUCUGAGGAGGAGAAUAACAGAAGGCACAGGCAUCGAAGCAACCUGUUGUCCGUAAACUCCAGACAGGACAAAGAGAAUAAACAGCAUGAGUUGCAACAGAAGCCAAGUGUUGAGGAGACUGUGCAAAUUGUCAUGAAAAAAUUGAAAGAAAAGCAGGAAAUACUUGGCCUUCCGGAAGAUGUCAAGGUAUCCAAGCAGGAAAAACUGCUGAUGAAGCCACUCUAUGACAGAUACCGAAGCAUCCGCCAGCUCCUCUCACCUGUAGCUACAAUCCCCACAAUUGAAGAAGAAGGUUCAGAUGAAGAAACCAUCAUGAAGGGAUGUGAAAUAUCUUGCAGACCAGCAGUCGACUUGCCAUUCCAAGAAUUUGUAGACAAUGUAGGUCAUCGAGAUGAAGAUCGAGAACCAGGAUUUAUGCCCCUAGACGAAAAGAAGGAUGCAAGGCAACUCACAACUUCACUGGCCAAUUUACACGAAGCCUCCAUGCCUGAACUAUUGGAACAUCUUCGUGAAACUAGAACAGAGAAAAAGAAACUCCGUAAAACUCUCCGAGAGUUCGAAGAUCAAUUCUACAAACAAACAGGAAGGAAUGUACAGAAAGAAGAUCGCAUACCGAUGGCAGAAGAAUACAACGAGUACAAACACAUAAAAGCCAAGCUUCGAUUGUUGGAGGUGCUCAUUACUAAACUGGAUGGCUCAAAAACUCUUCCGAGUUCUUAAAAAAGAAAUCUUUCUUUGAACACUGUUUUCUCGUCCUGGCAACAAGCAGAGGAAGUUAUUCAAUCCGCCCACCCCCCCCACCCCCCUAAAGCUCCUGAAUAUUUGUGCCAUAGAAACUCUUGGCUACACUUUAUUAACUACUGACAUCUCGACAUUGCAACAGUGACAGUGAGAAUGAACACAAAAGUUGCUGAGCAACUAGUGAAAGUCACCGUUACUGAAGGACAAAACUUUACAAGAUGCACUGAUAUUUUUGAGCAGCUAGCUUUGAGAAUUUUAUUAAAUAGAACUUUUUGGACAUUGAUAAACAAUGUUUGAAUUAAUAUCUGGCAGGAGAGAUGUUUUGGAUGGACUCAAUUAUUGAUGGUCUCUGGUUGAGACACCAUGGCACUUUAUUUGUAUCAUUGUGGACUGAAAAGGGAGGAUCAUGUACAGUGAUAAAAGUCUGCAUAUUACUCGUUUUUUUAUGAUUUCAGGUUAUAUAUGAAGUAGUUGCUUGCAGUUUUAAUACAAUCAAAGAUUAUAUUUGCUUGAUAAUGGAAGAAAUUCAAAUUGAAUAUAUAGUUGUUUGGACACAAUCCCUAUUCUCGAGAUCAUUUAAAGAUGCAAUUAUUUUAUCCAUUUUAAAUACCUGGGAUUACCAUAACUUAUACCGUUCACUGAAUAUGUUGUCAUUUAUAUUUUUGGAUAGAAUACUAAAAAACAUUUGUAAUGUUUUGUAAGUUUCAUAAUUUUCAUAAAUCACAUUCUGAAACACUAAUAUUUUAGCAUGCAUAAUAUUUCUGCAGUGCUUUAUGGAUCUAUGUGCAUUAUGCAAUGAUUGUCUUAAACUACCCCAAUCAAUCCUUUCGAAAGAUGCAUGUGGACAAGGAAAGUUUGAGCCAUCUUACUUCAUAAUUUAAAAGAACUCCAAGCUAUUUGGAGGGGAUGGUGCAGUGGUAGAGCUGUUGCCUUACAGCACUAGAAACACGGGUUCGAUUCUGACUACGGGUGCUGUCUGUAUGGAGAUUGCAUAUUCUCCCUGUGACCGCAUGGGUUUCUCCGGGUACUCCGGUUUCCUCCCACACUCCAAAGACAUACAGGUUUGUAGGUUAAUUGGCUUUGGUAAGUUGUAAAAUUGACUCUAGUGUGUAGGUUAAUGUGCGGGGUGAUCGCUGGUCGGCACUCCCUCUUUGGGCCGUAGGGCCUGUUUCCCCUCUGAAUCUCUGAAGUCUAAAGACUUUAUCACUGUUUUAUUUUAAGUAGCUCCUUGGCUAGCUCAUAACAAAUCUCUCCAUAGUUAGGAAUUAACCAUGAAAUUAUGCACCCAAGAUGCCAUUAUAUAUUUGAAACACAGUUCCAUAUAAUCCCACUCUAAAAUCCCUCUUCUAAUGCAUAACAGCAGAUAUCUUCUCUUCAGUAAUUUCUCACUUUCUCGGUCAAACUUUAAUAUUUAAUUACUUUUAGCAAUGACUUUUUGUCAGAUACCUUUUGGAAAUAGCUCAUUGCGACAAGGUAUGCUUCAGUCCACUUAGAAUGCCACUCCUUCAAAUAGAAAUUCUUGACUGCUGUUCAGGGUUAGUACUGUACAGAUAAUCUUAAAGCUGAUCUUGGUAAUGAAUUCCACUAUUUUCUGCUAGGAACGUAAAACCAUUAGCCGAAUCUCGCACUUUUUAAAAAACAUUUUAAUAGGGCUUCCCUCGAGUUCACGAUCUCCAUCAGCAUAAAUCGGAUCUUAUAUUUUGAGCCCAUGUAUGUCACUGACAUUCAUAUCAUUGAUAAUGGCUCGAUCUUUCUGUUGAUCAACAAACCGUGCAGUUCCUCAGUCUGCUAAAUAUGGCCUUACCUGGAAAAUGUCCCGAGAUAUGAACUUCACAGCUCGUACUAGAUUGUCCCAAUGCUGAACAAGGUUGUUCCAGUUUGAAAUGACCAGUACCACCCCAGAAUUGCCUUUGUAGCUGGUUAAACUAUGACUCGAAGCUUACCAGCUGUUAAAAACUCUGGUUGCAUGAGGACAUCUUGGUUUCUGACUCACUAUUUUUAAAACUACUAAAUAUCUUUAUUGGCACAAUUAACAUGAAUAAAAUUUGCAUCAGCAAGUCUUGUCCGUUUCAGUCUGGAUACAGUUUUAAAGAUGAAAAUUAAUUAAGUUUAAAUUAGUCAACCUCACUAACAUGAAAAUCUAAAUUUAUGUGGAACAAGAAUGUAAAAAUCUAAAUUUGCAUUGGCAAAUCUAACUAAUGCAGUCAGUGUAGGAUUCGAUUUUUGAGCUAAUGAUUUUCUAAUUUGACUUUAAUCCCUCUAAUGAAAGCAGCAGUUGCACCUCCCUCCCACCUCAUAUUUUAUUGUAACGUUUAUAAUAUGCAUUGCUUAAGAAAAAUAUAUAUUUGUGAGAUUUAUUCUGAAAUCUCAAAAAUAACGUUUAUUAAAAGGGGAGUUGUGGGCUCACAGGAGUUUAAGUUUGGCUGCUUUUGGAGAGGGAGAGAGAGAGAGAGAGAGAAAGAGAGAGAGAGACAUUGCCCUGCUGAUCCCCAUUUGCACAUCCUUUCAAAACUAUUUUCCUUAACCUUGUCCCUCGCUUGCAUUUUAAAAAGAUUACGCAUCCCUUGGCUCUUGGAGCUGCUAAAACCAUAAGCCUGGAACUUUUGACAUUCUGUUGGUGCUACCACAUAAAAGUUAUCAAUGUCUGGUUGAGGUAUCGUUAUGCAUUUGAAGUCACUUGUAAUGUUUAUUUGAACUCUGAAGGCAGAUACAAAAUGCUAGAGUAACUGAGCAGGACAGGCAGCAUCCCUGGAAAAAAAAUAAUAGUGACGUUUCGGGUUGAAACCCUUCUUUGGUCUGAGGAAAGGUCUCAACUCGAAACGUCACCUCUUCCUUUUCUCCAGAGAUGCUGCCUGAUCUGCUGAGUUACUCCAGCAUGUUGUGUCUAAAUUCGGUUUAAACCAGCAUCUGCAGUUCCUUCCUAUACGUUUAUUUGAACUGAGCUCAUUUGGAAUACAUUUUGCAAUUCCAAAUGAAUGUACAGAAAUUUUAAAUCUUUAUAAUACAUGAUCAAAAAUGUAGUCAUCAGAAAUAUUUGCUGAAUUGGAACUUCUAUGUAAAAUGGAACAAAAAUUUAAAUUUGCCUGCUUGGUUCAGGUAUUAUUAACUGAAGCAGCACAAAGUGUAGCUUUAUCCUUGGAUGGAAACAUUUAUUUAAAAUCGUACUGGCAGUGUAAGAAUUUAACUCGGGUUGCACAAUUGGAACCACAAUCUACAAUCUUCUUAUUAUACCAGAUAAAGAUAUCUGAUUUGUGAGGAGAGUUUUAAAUGCAGUGUUAAGUUGCCACUCUUAAAAUGAUAACUGUUGUUUUGAAAAGAUUCAUCCCCCUUCCUCUAAGAACAUUCAAUAACCGUGGUCACUGAUGCAAACUAUAUGGAUUUUUUUUUAAAGAACGUAAAUUGUUUGCUUAACACAAUGUCACUGGUUGUAUUUCUUUGCAGGUAACUGUUUAUCAAAUUGUGUAUGUUUGCAAAAAGAAGAAGAAUUGAUGAUACAAAUCUUAAGAUCAGUGUUGGAAUGUAAUAAAUAAGAUAGGUAAUAGCUGCAUUUUACAAGCAUUUAAUUUUUCAUAACUCAAAUUACUACAAAAAUGUUCUAUAGUUAAUCAUACACUGCACUGUAAAUCUUUGAAGAGUACAAAUACAAAUAUUUUUCUAUUGUA